AAGAAGGGUUAGACCCAAAUAAAAUUUUAGACAUCGAUUUAGUUCAUAAAUAUUCCUUAGCGGAAAGCAAUGAUAACGAAUGUUAUGUUGAAAAUGGUGAACCUGCUGAACAUGAUUUUAAAAAUGACGAACCUACGGAACACAACGUUGAAAAUGACAAAUUUGCUGAACAUGGUGUUAAAAAUGAUGAACCUACGGAAUACGACGUUGAAAAUGACAAAUUUGCUGAACAUGAUGUUGAAAAUGACGAACCUACGGAACACGACGUUGAAAAUGACAAAUUUGCUGAACAUGAUGUUAAAACUGAUGAACCUACGGAACACGACGUUAAAAAUGAUGAACCUACGGAACACGACGUUAAAAAUGACGAACCUACGGAACACGACGUUAAAAAUGACGAACUUACGGAACACGACGUUAAAAAUGACGAACCUACGGAACACGACGUUGAAAAUGACAAAUUUGCUGAACAUGAUGUUAAAAAUGACGAAUCUGCUAAACUUGCUGAACAUGAUAUUGAAAAUGACGAACCUGCUGAACAUGAUAUUGAAAAUGACGAACCUGCUGAACAUGAUGUUGAAAAUGACGAAAAAAUUGAUGACAAAAAAAACAAUCAAACCUACUGA